AGAACCAGAUCGAAACAUUGGGGGUUUAAUGAAGACACAUGGAAGAUUUUCAACCUUAACCGGAACUAUAGACGGCUGCUAUUCCCAUUGCACCAACUAGAGGGGGGAAAUAACAAAAUGACGCCCUAUUUGCCAAGACACAACCAAUGAUCACCUGUUUGAUUUCCGGUGCCGCAGACGCCAAGGGUUUUGUCCCUGUUCUAUUAAACGUAAUGCAUCAGCAGAUAAAUAUGCUUACACCUACAGAAAUCUAUUCAGCCUGAGAAUCCCACAAUGUUAUACAGAGCGUGUGUAUCAAAGUAAGUGAAAUAAAACACGUCAGGGCCAUAUGUAUGAGGCGACGAUGAGGUAUAAAUGGUUACCCUCACAAACGUGAAAUGUUCAUAUUAUUCAGGUGAUCCGUAAUGCACCCCAUUUUUGUGACUGGUGAAUACGGCUUUUUAUUCUUCCCCUUCGAAUAUAUAGCUUUAUUUGCGUUUUGUAAAUUAAUGAUCCGAUUCUAGUGAGCUGUAAUCCCUUCACCCCCUCAUUUUGUAUUGAUAUGAACCGCUUCUUUUGUGUGAUGCAGGCGGUAUUGAAUUACUGACAAGGGUAAAUAUCAGCUGGAAUAAAUGUGUUAUCCACUGCUUCACGGUGUUUGACUGUAUGGAGCUUACGCCAGAGUCAGCAUUUCAUUCACUAUAGACUUACGUUGUACAGGUAAGAGACCAAUCAUUAUUCUGAAAAUAAGCAUUUUUACGUCAUCCGUUAUAGCACCUUGCAUCAUCAUUCGGUUUUUUAAUCUCAACACAGGUGUGACUAGUUUACCAAUGGGUAAAAUAUCAAAUCAAACUAAUGCUCUUGUGUAUGUAUACCUGAGUCACUAUUAACUUUGCGUAAUUAGCGUUAAUCCACGACAAACGGCAUGACACGAACAACGUGUUGGAAAUUAUUCUGCACUGCCUUCGGAAUCUUAGAAGCGGCGGUUUACUCUUUUACGUUAUUCGGAUGGCCAGCAUUUGUGUAUAUAUUCAUCGAGGAAAAAUUUUACUACUCCCGUUGUCACUUUGAUCCCAGAGUGAAUGCUAGCAUUGACACGGUAGAACAUGCCUGUACUGUUCUGGGGAAUUGUACAGAAGAACAUGAUGCAGAUCACGUUAAAAAGUGCAAUGAGCAAGAAGAGAUGCUAAAUCUUGUUUACACCGUCGCUAUAAUCUGCUCAGCGUCUCUUCCCGUGUUGGGGUAUAUCUAUGAUCACUGCGGGACAGUUUGUGUGAGGAUCCUAUCCAUAUUUCUGUGUGCUGGUGGAUUCUUCCUGAUGGCAUUAGCUGAGAGAGGAACAGAAUGGCUGUUAUUUCCUGGGGCUGCAUUCCACAUGAUGGGAGGCGUCCAGUUGGACAUAACUGACGUCCAAGUGGCCGGAUUAUUUCCUAAGCUAAAGGCAACACUCAUAUGUCUGGUUUCCGGUGCCGCAGACGUCAGUGGUUUUGCUCCUAUUCUGUUAAAGAUGGCCUACCAGACCGGAGUUUCGUAUAAAACGAGCAUGUUCACCUUUGCCGGAAUCAUACUUGUUAUAUCUUCUGUCAACACAAUCACCCUUCCACCUAGACAGGAUGACGACGGAAAUAAUAUUGACAUAGCUUGUUGUUUUAAAAUACUCAAAAGCCAAAGCGCAACCAAAGAACCGUCUAAACCAUACACCAGCACUUGUACAAACGCCAAAUAUGUACCUAAAGCAAACGAGAAGCAUAAAGGUCAUCAGGCUUUAGAGCAAGGUUGGAAAAACGUAGCAUACAUACCUGAUGAUGUAAGCACAGAACCAAAAUGUGGUAUUCGUUCCACUGGAAAUGUCACUCCAGAGGUAACAAGUAAAGUGAAACCAGAUGGAGAUGUAACUCGGGAAAAAAACGAUGGCAUUAUUGGUCAUCAUGAUUUUAAUAAUGGCACCAGUUGUCAAAAUAAAAAUAAUAUCAAUCAUACACAAAUGCAAGUCGACGGAAUUGAGCAGAUAUCGUGCGAAAUAGAAAACUCUCUAAGCAAGGAAAAUGGCGAAAGUGCUAACAACUGCUUUCUACAUGACACGCUACUGAUCCUCAAACUCCCAGCAUUUUGGGUGUUGAUGCUGUGGUUUUUGUGCCAAAAUACAAUCAUUGUCACUUAUCAAGGCAGUUUUUACUCUAUGAUCAAUUACUAUGGAAAUAAUGUCAAAAAUAAAGUUAGUACGUAUACGGACGUGUAUUCCUGGUUCCAAAUGGGUUCUCUGUUUUGGGCUUUGCUGACUGGUUUGAUGUUGGACAAACUUGUUUCCAGGGCAACCACAGACGACAAAGAGCGAUGCUUCGUGGUUCCAUUUUUCCUCACAGUUUUGGCCGGAUUCAUCGCCUCCAUUGCAUGCAUCAUCCCGUUUAUCGAGAUGCAGUUUGUGGCCAUUAUGUUUCAUUCUAUGUUGAAAACCGGGAGUUAUGCCGUGCAUAUGGCAUAUGUAGCAAUAGCGUAA